AUGCUACCUCAGCCUUCCAGCCCGACCUCUGUGCCUUCGUCGCACCCUGAAAACAGCCAGCCCCUCGAUCAGCACCAAGAUACAGAACAACAAUCUGAGCCCAUUCCUGCUCCUCAAACUAUACCUUCAAGUACGCCACCAAAGAAGAUGUUGAAGCUGAGCACUGGUGGUACUCUGGUUUCUCCUUCGUCCAAGCCAUUGCCAGUCAAGGAGGACGCUCAGAUCAAGAAGCCUGCGAAACGAGGAAGACCCAAGAAAGAGAAACAGAAGCUACUGGUCACCCUACGCUACCCUCCCAAUCAUGCCUUGGGACACCAAAUAACACGCAUAAUGGACGGCUCCGAGACUUUCAAGAUUUCGAAACCUACUUCUAUGCCUCCUCCANNCCCAAGCCCAAGGCGCCCAAAGCUGAUCCUUCCAAACCGACGCAUCCUUUCUUUUCCGGAAAACCGAACGAGCCCNAAAUCAGUCUCUACUACUUCUCGGAAGGGUCAAAUGGAUCACAAGGCCAGCAAUGUGCUUAGCCCACGAAGACCGUCAGCCGUAACCCCUGGCAAAUUACGGGCACAAGCACGAGAGAAUGGUUCGAGAAACGCGGACAACGCUUCUAGCUUCCCGCAGUUCGGUGCGAACAAAGACAGAAACAUUAUCAAACAACCCGGCAUGGUUGAAGCUCCAUUUCCGCCAAAAGGUCAUGCUCACAUUCGUGGAGACUUUUAUUACCACACAAGCCAACCUCAGGGAGAUUCAGUCGCCGCCAUACCUCGCUCGACCCGCAAGAUGAAGUACAAGAAACCCCUUCUGGACCCGUCUGAGAGUACUUUGACCCGUGUAGAGCGCGACCUCGACUUUCAUCAGAAAAACACGCCAAGGCCUGAUGGUUUCUACGAUCCUCCAUCUUCGCUACGUGUUCCGUCUCGCCAUCUUGUUCCUGGUUUGUUCGCUCAGAAAUGGAUUUGUAAUGAACUUCAUACUCAACCGUCAACGGACGAACUCCAGUUUGUUCCAGGAACUUAUCGCAAUUUUGUCCACCCAGCGUGCGAAAGCCUCUACCUUGGGUUACCAAACAUACUCACACCAUUUGAUCAUGGACGGUCAGAAGUACAAGCUUGGGCUCAGAAGUAUGCACCUCAAUGUGCGAGCCAAGUCUUGCAAUUGGGAAGAGAGGCAACAUAUCUGAGAGAGUGGAUGAAAGCUCUCACUAUUAGUGCAGUCGAGUCGGCUGGUUCACAUGUUCUCAAGCAUGACAAAGCAGAUCGCGACCGUGGACCCAAAAAGAAACGUCGCAAGAAGGCCUCAGGCUUAGACGAUUUCAUCGUUAACGACGAUGAUGUCUACAAUGAUACAGAGGAACUUGUUGAACUGGAUCCUCCAUCGCAAUCGUGCCGGGGAAAGAGACCAUCUCUUGUGCGCAACACCGAUUUCAAGGAACAGUCUAUCCGCUCUAAAAUUUCAAAUUCGGUCGUCGUAAGUGGACCACCUGGCUGUGGAAAGACUGCUAUGGUCUACGCUGCGGCAAAGGAGUUAGGGUUCGAAAUAUUUGAGAUCAAUCCCGGCUCGCGCCGCAGUGGUAAAGAUGUGCUCGACAGGAUUGGAGACAUGGUGGAGAAUCACCUGGUGCAGAAUCGCUCACUCGAUACUGGUAACACAUCUGCUGACGAAGAUGCUGGUCGACUGUCUGAUGCCUUUAACAAGGACCUCGAAUCUGGUAGGCAAGGCACCAUGAAGUCUUUCUUUACAUCUAAACCGAAGUCGGCACCACAACCAAAGAAAGAGAAGAAGCCAAAACUCAACGUCGACCAAGUACAAAAGGUCUUAUCAUCUUCGAAGCCAUCACGAGGACAAAAGCAGUCACUGAUCUUGCUGGAAGAAGUCGAUAUCAUGUUCGAGGAAGACAAAAACUUCUGGACCACUGUCUUUACCUUGCUGCAGAGUUCAAAGCGUCCCGUUAUUAUGACCUGCAACGAUGAAGAUCUUGUACCUCUUCAAGCCAUUAACUUUCAAGCACUUCUUCGUCUACCUACUCCGCCUACGGACAUCGCUACAGACUACAUGUUGUUGCUGGCAGCUCAAGAGGGUCAUUUACUACGUCGAGAUGCAGUAUCGACACUAUGCGAAGCAAAGCAUCAUGACCUGCGUGCUAGUAUCGCAGAGCUGCAAUUAUGGUGUCAAAUGGGCGUUGGCGACCCCCGAGGCGGACUCAGCUGGAUCUAUCCCAGAUGGCCGGUCGGCAGUGGACUGGACGAACAUGGUCAGCCUAUACGAGUUUUCAGUGAGAGAAGUUACCAAGCAGGCAUGGGAUUCGUUGCACAUGAGACAAAUUUCUCCUUGGAAGGCACAGAGGACGACGAAUUGCUGAAGGAGUCUUGGGAAGGCUGGAACAUCGAUCCUCGUCAAGAAUUAUUUGCUGAGGUUACAAGCACACCUCCAGGCUUGGAAGAGUCAACGUCGAAGUCACGGAUGGCCGCACUACAGCAGUAUUCGCACUUAUCUGACAGCCUUAGCGACAUGGAUGUAUUCUGUCGAAUUGGUCUGCCUGGCAAAGAGAAUCACAAGACUGAUGCGACUCAGCCCGAGCUACCACUCAAAGCCCGUGCGAGUUACAUCAAUGGCAUGGCGCUGCUUCAGACACCAGAACUUGUUGACUAUAGUACCCUUGACACCCAACUCGCGGUUUCUGCUUCGCGUCUCGCACGCAAGGUCUUCUCUGGUCUUGUGAACUCUCCUCCGUCAAGUCUAGUGAGGCGUGUGGUCGAGACUCACUCUCCAAAUAACAAAGCAACUCAACUCACUCGUGGAGACAUUUCGGCAGCCUUCGACACGAUAGCCUCCAUGAUGACUACUCCGACAAGCGGUCCGCCGAGUAUGGCUUAUUCCGUGUUCGAUGGCCCUCUUCAGACCGUGGUUACCGAUGUCGCACCAUUUGUCCGCAGCAUCGCUGCAUAUGACCUCGCUCUAGAAACGCACCGAGAUAAACUGCAGGGUAGCAGUCAGGGAUCAACAAGUGGUGGCGGCGCAGGGGGUAAACGAGCUCGAACAACACGAGCUGCUCGCAGCGCACUGGAAGGCGGCCAGCGUCAACUCACCCGACGAGAACGCUGGUUUGAUCCAGCUUUCGAUCUCGAACUUGCUCUGCGGACUGCCGGAAACUGGCCUCGCAUUGAGGGUGGCAUUGCAGAAACACGAUUGCAUAGCCCUGGUCUCGACACGUCGAUGCAGAUGGAGUGA